UGUCCAGCGCUGGCUAGCUCGCCGCCCCAGAAACUAGUGGCAGUUUGGGGCCCAGCCCGCGCCGGGAGUGCGUGCGUCCAGGCGGCCGGACACGCGAUCCAUGCUGGAAGAUCGCUAUAGAAUUCAAGAAGGGGAUUUUGUGUGUGCGUGGCAGCCAAAAGACACCUCAGUGACACUGCCGGCUUGGAUCCAGAGCACCAUCAUCACCAGAGUCAUAAAGUGUGUUUGUGGUUCUGGCUGCCCAUGGUCUACUCAAUAUUCUUCACCAGCACGCCAAUUCAGAAGCGUCCGUUCUUCUUUGGUCUUCAGCUCCCGCUCUCACAUACGCUGCCCAGCAUCCUGGACGGGCUGCCCCUCUGGACACACUCUGCUUCGGUCCUCUAUUUAUUCUGCAACCAAAGCAGCCCCACACCAUGGACCUCACUGGAUUGCUGAAGUCCCAGUUCCUCUGCCACCUGGUCUUCUGCUACGUGUUUACCGCGUCGGGGCUAAUUGUCAACGCCCUCCAGCUGUGCACACUUCCCCUCUGGCCCAUCAACAAGCAGCUCUUCAGGAAGAUCAACUGCAGACUGUCCUACUGCAUCUCCAGCCAGCUGGUGAUGCUCCUGGAGUGGUGGUCAGGAACGGAGUGCACCCUCUACACGGACCCCCAGGACUACCCCAGGUACGGGAAGGAGAACGCCAUCGUGGUCCUGAACCACAAGUUUGAAAUCGACUUUCUCUGUGGCUGGACCCUGGCAGAGCGAUUUGGGGUCUUAUCGUCCUCCAAGGUCCUGGCCAAGAAGGAGCUGGCCUACCUCCCCAUCAUCGGCUGGAUGUGGUACUUCCUGGAGAUGGUCUUCUGCAAGCGCAAGUGGGAGGAAGACCGCAAGACAGUCCUCAACAGCCUGCUCAAUCUCCGUGAUUACCCCGAGAAGUUCUUUUUCCUGAUCCACUGCGAGGGGACGCGGUUCACGGAGGUGAAACACCAGAUCAGCAUGCAGGUGGCCAAGACCAAAGGGCUGCCUGGCCUCAAGCACCACCUGCUGCCACGCACCAAGGGCUUCGCGGUCACUGUGCGGAGCUUGAGAAAUGUAGUUUCAGCUGUAUAUGACUGUACACUAAAUUUCAGAGACCAUGAAAACCCAACCCUGCUGGGGAUCCUCAAUGGGAAGAAAUACCACGCGGAUUUUUACGUGAGGCGGAUCCCCCUGGAGGACGUGCCCGAGGAUGAGGAGCAGUGCGCUGCCUGGCUGCACAAACUCUACCAGGAGAAGGAUGCCUUCCAGGAGGAGUACUACCAGAAGGGCGUCUUCCCGGAGACACCCAUGGUGCCGCCUCGGCGGCCCUGGACACUGCUCAACUGGCUCUUCUGGGCCUCCCUGCUGCUCUAUCCCUUCUUCCGCUUCCUGAUCAACAUGGUCAGCAGUGGAUCCUCUCUGACGCUGGCUAGUCUCGUCCUCGUCUUCUUCGUGGCGUCCGUGGGCAUGCGCUGGAUGAUCGGCGUGACUGAGAUCGACAAGGGCUCCGCCUACGGCCACGGCGACAGCAAGCCAAGACCAUGACGCACCAGGUGCCCGGCUCCACGAGGACCUUGGGGACUGGUGACUGCGAGUGGCUCCGCUCGUCAGGCGUGGUGACACGGCCGGGCAGCUGCCGCCAAGAGUGGCGGCGGACCUCAGCAGGGAGUUUGGCCUCACAGCUGGAGGGGCAGAAUGUGGCCAUCUUUUGUCCCCACUUGCGGUCCUGGGUUUUGCUUUCCGUCCCUUUCCUGCGUGGGUGCGUGCGUGCGUGUGCCCGUGCACUCAGGUGCACGUGCGUCCAUGGGUGCCUGUACGGUGUGCGUGCCCGUGUGUGCUCCUGCGUGCGGGAUGUGCAACC